ACAUGGCGCCCAGCCGUGAAUGGAGCGUCCCCCCCGUUGUCGCACGGGCCGCGGUCGAUAUGUGAACCUCCGUCGUUUUAACGCCGGAGACCGUUUCAACCUAACCCGUUAGCAGAAGCACGGACGCGACAUGCUCUGAAGCGUACGGCUUCACCGUCGCGCCAGGAGUCUUGCGAGAGAUCGUCGCGGGGAGUAGCGCAAGGCGACGCCGUCGCACGCCCCCGUCCACUGCUGCCGCCGAGAGAAAGCAUGACAGACCUCUUCAAGUCGGCGUUGGGCUACUUCGCCGGCGGCGGCAGUUCGUCGUCGUCUUCGGCAAACGCCCGCGGCGAAGACCACGAGUUCGUCGGCCAGGUGGUCGAGCUCGGCAACCAGAAGCUGCGCGUCAAACGGGUCCUCGCCGAAGGAGGCUUUGGCUUUGUAUUUGCAGCGCAAGACUUGUCAUCGAACAGGGAAUACGCACUCAAGCGAAUGUUUGCUGGAGAUGAGGAAGCCAGCAGAUCCAUUCUCCAAGAAGUCAACGUCCUUAAAAAGCUUUCCGGCCACCCAAACGUGAUAGACUUCAUUGCAGCUGCCGCUAUUGAGAAAGGCCAGUCGGGUCAUGGGAAAUCGGAAUACCUUCUCCUCACAGAGCUCUGCCCAGGUGGUCCCCUGGUGGAUGUCCUUCAACAGCGGACAACAGACCUCAGCCUUGGGCAGGUGCUGCAGAUCUUUUACCAGACGUGCAGUGCCGUCUGCCACAUGCACUCACAGAGCCCGCCCAUCAUACACCGAGACCUCAAGAUUGAAAACCUCUUGCUGAGUUCUAAGGGCACCAUCAAGCUCUGCGACUUUGGCAGCUCAACAACAAAAUCCUAUAAGCCCGACAGCUACUGGACGGCCAUCCAGCGGAGCCUGGUCGAAGAUGAGAUGUGCAAGAACACGACUCCGAUGUACCGGCCGCCGGAAGUGUUGGACACGUACAACAACUACCCGAUCAACGAGGCCAUGGACAUUUGGGCCCUGGGCUGCGUCCUGUUUCUCCUGUGCUUCCGCGAGCACCCGUUCCCGGACUCGUCCAAGCUCCGCAUCCUCAACGCCAACUACAGCAUUCCCCCUGGAGACACCCACUUCGACAUCUUCCAUGACCUCAUACGGGGCAUGCUCCAGGUAAACCCGACAUCACGGCCCACGGUCAUCGACGUGACUGAGCGACUGCAGGAGAUGGGCGAGGCCAAGAACGUGCGGCUGGAGGACUCACCGGGCCUGCGCGGUCCAAACCCGGUGGCGGGUGGUGCGUCCCAGGGCGACACCAGUGCAGCACCGCACAGCGUGCCGAACUCCACUUCCGCACCGCCCAGUCGGCCACCUCCACCAACCCUCAACGUCCACGGGGGCACAGUUCCCGCGGCGGCUGCUCCUCUUCCGACGACAGCGGAAGGAAGCUGGGGCAGCGCAGGCCUCCUGACGUCGCUACGUGGCGGCGCAGGUAGCCUGCUCAAGCGCCUCGGGGACACCUCCUCCAAGGUCAUGCAAAUUGCCCAGCAGACAAUGGGCAAGGCUGACUUAGACUUCAACUACAUCACAAGCAGAAUUGCCGUGAUGUCGUACCCCGCGGAAGGGCUGGAGUCAGCGUACCGUAACCAUGUGGAGGAUGUGAGGACGUUACUGGACACCCGGCAUCGGGGUCACUACGCCAUCUACAACGUGUCGGGCCGCGCCUACUCGUCGGCCAAGUUCGAGUGCAAGGUCACCGAGCGGGGUUGGCUGGCACGGAAGGCCCCACCCCUGCACACCCUGUUCAACCUGUGCCGCUCCAUGCUGGCCUACCUGAGCCAGGACGGCCGUAAUUUGUGCGUCGUCCACUGCCUCGACGGCAAGUGUUCGUCAGCAGUGCUGGUGUCGGCGUUCCUGGUGUUCUGCCACCUGUUCGACAGCCCCGAAGAGGCCCUGCAGAUGUUUGCUGUUCGCCGGUGUCCUGUUACCCUCUGCCCUUCCCAGAUUAGGUACAUCCAAUACAUGUCACAGAUGGUCUCCCAGAACCACCAGGUGUUGCCGCACCGGUUUCCACUGCAGAUUGUGGCGCUCAUGCUGAAGCCCGUUCCUAUGUUCACUAAGCUCAGGGAUGGAUGCCGGCCUUUUGUGGAGGUCUACGUUGGGGAGGAGCGUAUACAUACUACAUGCCAGGAGUACGAACGAAUUGCUCAUCACAACUAUGCAGAGAAGCAGCUGGCGAUUCCGUUGAAUGUCGCGGCUGCAGGAGACGUGACAAUCGCAGUCUACCAUGCUCGGUCAUCGUUUGGGAAGGUGUCACCGGUCAAGAUUUGCCAGGUCCAGCUAUACUCUGGAUUCGUGGCUCCCGGCACAACACAGCUGACAUUUUGCAGGCAUGAACUUGACGGCAUCGAGGAGCUGGACCGGUACCCAGAGGGCUUCCAGCUGUCCCUUGAGGUCCGGGUAGGUGACACUCCUAGCCCACGGCUCACCAAUGGUCUGUGGGCCGACCUCGAGCACUUGGAGACAAACGCUGCCAUCCUGUUCAGCACUGAUGAAGAGCUUGAGGCCUGCAUUGGUCACUUCUCAAGGAAUGCCCCUGCAAGGCCUCCUCCACCCGCGACGCCCAGCUUGCCAAGUAGGGACACUUCGCCGCAGCACUCGGAGAGUGACGUUCCGAGUGCCACCACGUCUGCAGAGACACUGCUGGGACCGAUGCGCAAGCUUUCAGCAGCAGAUGGUGGAAAUGGGGCAGCUGUCAACAGCAACGCGGUGCCUCCGCCGCGGCCCAAGGCCAAAGAGGUGGACCUGCUCAACCUAGCGAGCUUCUCCAUCGACGACGGCAGCAGUGGCGAGGCACAAGCACCCUCAGACCGCACGGUGGACGACCUUCUGGGCACAUCCUUGUCCAACCAGCCGACAUCAAACUUUGACCUUCUUAUCAAUCACAGGUCUGCGCAGCCUCCGCUGAUCGGCGACCUCUCAUCGUCCGGCGCGCCAGCCUUUGACCCAUUUGCCGCCAAUUCCACCGGGUCAGCACCAUCAACGGUGCCCACUGUCAACCUGUUGGAUGCCAAGUCUCCAACUGCCACCAAGGGCGGGGCCGACCUCUUCGACCCGUUUGGAACGGCCACCCCGGCUUCUGCUGCUCCCGGCUGGGCCAGCACCAGCGUCAGUGCGGGGAACACACCACAGCACAAGCAGGGUGGCAUCCCAAACAGCGUUUCAGCCUUCAACAUGGCUGCCGCUUCGACAGCGACAACUCAGAGCGGAGGGGGUGCCGCCAAGCACGACACCAUGCCGGGGACGUGGGACACCCUGUUCCCGGGCAGCACGUGGGUGCCGCUUGUACCCUCAACGGGUGGCAGCGGAACGGGGACACCAGCGUCUGGAUUGACGCGGAAUGCUUCUACACCCAACCUCGAGGCACUUGGGCGCAAGGCUGACCCAUUUGCGGACCUAGGAAAUCUAACAGGUGGCUCCACUGGUGCCGGUGCAGCCUCUAAGACAGCAGCAGCAACCGCGACUGGCUUCCCAGCUUGGUCACAGCCAAAGCCAGCCACAGCCACAAGCAGCCCACAGCCGACUGGAAGUGGGACACAAGUCGGUGGGGCCGGCGCCAAUGGUGCAAAGUGGAGACCCGGCAGUGCAGUUCCCCCGGCUGCUUCUACGGCUCCCGCGGGGCCUUCGAAGCCAAACUACAGCGCCGCAGCCGCGCCAGGCGGCACCAGCAUAUUCGUGGACAAGACUGCGCCUUCGGCUGGGGCACCUUACAGCAAUGGCCAGAAGGCGAAGCUGACGGAGGACACAUUCGAGGACCUUCUGGGCACGCAAGGUUUCUCGGGUUUUGGUAAAAAGGACACGGGCCCCAAGACAAUUGCCGAACUUCGCCGGGCCGAGAUGGCCAAGGAGAUGGACCCAAUCAAGCUCAUGAUCAUGGACUGGACAACGAAGAAGGAGCGCAAUAUCCGGGCGCUGCUGUGCUCGCUGCACACGGUCAUAUGGGAGGGCUGCCGCUGGACCGAGGUGGGCAUGCACCAGCUCGUGUCGCCAGCCGACGUCAAGCGCUGCUACCGCAAGGCCUGCCUCGCCGUACAUCCCGACAAGCUUGUUGGCACAGAGCACGAAGAAUUGGCCAAGCUCAUCUUCAUGGAGCUCAACGAUGCCUGGAGCGAGUUUGAAAAGCAGCAGGGACUUGCCUAGUCAGGGAAGGGCUUGACUUCACCUCUCACCUCUGCUCCCCUCGCACAACCUCGGUGUUGUGGCAGCAGCAAGAAGCGCACAGGGACGGAGAACGAAAAUGACGUGGGGUUCACAGCGCCCAUGCAGCGUGAAUGCCAAAAAAGCGAGCAAAAGAGCAGCCGCAGCAACGGCAAGAGCAGAGGUGUCCGUGUGCCGGCCGCGUGCACAUGUUCCCAACACAAUCAUGGACCUUUAUUUUACGCUUUUUUUUUUUCUGUGCUUGUCAUUGUUUUACCCAUCGCCGAAGAAGCGGUUCUUGUCACAAGUCGACAUACACCAAAUUGUUACGUAUUGUUGACAUUUAUGUGUGUGUGGAGUUUGUUCCUGAAAACUUUGUAAGUGCUAUACAAGGGGGUAGAUUGACCUGGUUCUGGUCUGAGAUCCAUGGCUGGUCAGAAUCAAUGCAUCGCGGUCAAGUGCUAGUCGUUAGGCUUGUCUUGACUUGGCUUUGUUUUGAGCCAGGUUUGAGUGUAACUUUUUUUUUAACAAAGUCUGUUAGGCACAGCACUGCCUUUACUGUACAUUUGUGGGGCAAACGCUGUUGCUGCUUCUUUAAUGUUGAAUCAGUUGCUUUUGCUGCCUUUUACCCACAUAUUCAAAGAGUGGCAGUGAGAUAUACCUGAGCAGUAUUGAAACACUUGGAUUCACUUUAGUUCUUAAUGUGAUCAAAGUUCAAAACCAGUGAGAAGCACUUGAACUUACUGGAAUCUGAAAAUGCUCUACUGUCAGAAACCAGUCUUGCUAUGGGAAAUGCUAAAACGUGAAGCUGUCUGGAACUGGGGAUUUAGUGAGACAGCAAGCAUUCGAUCCAGUUAUAAAUGUUCUAUCUGAUUUACUCUUUAUUUUUUAUUAGUUUUGUACAGUUUCUAAUUUGCACCUUUGUGUGAAUCUCUGAUUUAAGAAAGCCUUAACCAGUACUUGUGUGCAUAAGAGGUGACAAAACUUCUUUUUUUCUUUUUCAACGCACUCUAUAGCUGGCGUCUGUUCAUGGCUAGACGUGUGCUCAACUGUUGAUACUUUAAACAUGCCCCCUUUUUUUUUCUUUUUUUUUUCUACCUUUUGUACAUAAAGUGAUUUUUUGUGACCGCGUUUCUGUCUUGCGGCUUUCCUUUUGUUGUUCCAAUUUUGAGCCAGUCUUGCAGGCUCCUGCUGUAAGCUCUGUAGUCUUGGUUAUUAUUAUUAUUUUGACAUCCUUGGGGGUGCACAUUUGUUUCUGUAGCUAGGUUUUUACUCGACUGCCUACGUGGUAGGCGGUUGAGUUCGGCAUUACAUACAACACGAAGGCAUCUUGCUGUGUCAUCAUUCCAGCACUUUAUAUUUGCAUAUCAUUGUCACACCGAGUUUUGGUUUUAUAGGGAUCAAAAAAAUAAGACUUGAACAUUCUGUGUCGGCUUCAUUUGGCAAAUUUUUGUAAAGGCUUUGUCAAAUGUGGCACUUGCAAACAAGUGAAGAAAAAAAUGUGUCGCAGUUGUAUUCCCUCCAGUGGGCUGUGUUCUUGGUUCCCAACUUUCUGCGUUGUUCUUAUCGAUAGGUGCUCUGUAUGGUGCCUUUUCUUUUAUGUUAGCUUGUUUAUUUGGUUGGCUCGUUAACCAUCUCCUUGCUGUUCACUAACCAGUACCUCUGUAGCAGACAGGCGCAGUACAUGUAACUAGCACAAUAGCUGCAAGCCUAACGACACACACACUCUGUGAAAGCUGCACAGUAGAUUUUUAAGUCUUCGCUUUAGAACUAACCGUUACAUGUUUUCUGUUUCGUGAAGUUUUUUUAUGGUUACACUUAUUAAUCAAAGUACUUCAGCUGGUUUGUACAAAGUCAUUCCUGUGCUUCUGUCUUCAUUGGAGAGAGUUCAAUGGCGGGGGGAAAUUCACAACCUCGCCCCUCAAGUUGGAGGGCUUCGUUCAUUGCAUAGGGAAUGCUGUCCAGAUCAUGUGCCAUGUUUUGCUUAGCCAGGUUACUCUAUAUCCUUUCUUAUGGGCGGGAUGCAUGUUCGAUGAACACAAUUGUAUGCUUUGACAUAUUUUGUGCACGGAGGAUCACACUUAUGUUGUCAACUUGAAACGCAGAUCUGGCUUUGUCAUUGUGACUGGCGAUUACGCCGUGUGUGAGAUAUUGGCAGGUUAGGGGUAAUGCAGCUGACAUAAUACUUGUGAACUGAAUGUUUAAAACUGCAGCAGGAGGCUAUGUAAGGUUUGGUUCUGCAGUUGGAUUUGUGAGCAGCGCAUUUACCAUGACAUGUUUGUCAUUUUAGUUGUGAUUUUAUUGUUUCUUCCACCUAUCUCUCGAUUUCUUUUACCGCACCGUGUGCUACUACCACUGCUCUUAAGUGUUGCAUAGUUAUCCAGUUGUCACAGGUGGGUAGCAGUGUUGCACAGUGUAUGUGCAUGUCACUGAGGUUGAAGUCACGAAGAUGCAAGAACACCUUGAUGUUGCGCAAGGGGACGGGGUGCCUCACCAAUGCUGUUUCGUCGGUGUCGGCACAAGUAUUUGCUGUUCUCAGCGAGCAAGUCAUCACGGAGCGCUGCUUAGCGAAGAAUGUCGCACCAAACAGGCACAUUUAGGCUACAAGACAGGCUUUAGAAUAUGCUGUGUUCCUCAUCCCUUUUAGAGGCAGCGUGGAGGCAUCUCUCUGGGAACUGAUGCAUCUACGGGGUGUAGCCACUUGAAAUCGAUGCUGUCGUAGGCAACAUGUGUUGAAGAGGACUUUCAGUUGCUGCAACAGUCAUUAUAAGGGUGCACUGUGAUUGGGUUGUGCAUGGAUGUCAGUCCAUACAGCAUUUGUUGUGAUUUGUUAGUUAGUUCAGGACAGUUGUUAGGAGCAGUUGUCAAGAUGUGUGCCGAAAGUUGCUGAGACAUCUUCCAGAAUUCGUAGUGUUGUAGAGAGGUCAGCACAGUAGUGUUAUCAGUUCUCCUGGCUCAACCACGGUCAGAGAAAGCAGCUCAUUAGUGUUCAAUGCAAUAUAACUUUUGUGAUGUCUUCAAAUUUAUUGGAGGAAAAAAUAUGAAUAGAUCUUAUUGCAAUCACAUUGAACAUUGGCCAGCCCGCUUCAGCAUCAAAAUUACUCUGCUGUGAGCACUUGAUUUACUGCUGAAGUGUCGUCUUUAACUGGUGACACUGCAUUGCUAACAAAAAUACAGAGGAUGCUUACAAAGGCAUCUCUGAAAAGCAUGAGAAGACUGGGGACGUAUGUGAGCCCCACCACAUGGUCUAGCAACUGGUUCAGUCACACACAAAGUGGCCUGGCAACUUCGUGCAUUGUGCUGUACAAAUGCACUGUACUUCAUUAUGCUAAGUUUAUACAUUCAUGUUAGUUGCAAGCAUGAUUGGUGUAGACAACUUCUAACAUUGAGCCCUUCAAUGAACAGAUAGAAAUUAGUGCAAAUAGGGGAUUAGUCAUUGCCUUUAGAUAGUUUUAAUGGUAUGAUGAGCGCAACAACCAAGUUCUUGGUAGAGGGAGCUAUCGGAUGUUUUCCGUGGUCAUUCGUCCAAAGGACGUGCAGUGGCCUUCUAUACAUUUCGCUCAUCGGUCUCUAGAGGGAUGCCUUCUCGAAGCGUUCUCCUCGGUGAUGUAUAGUACUGUACCUCUUGUCUCUCCGGUUGCAAGCUGAUUAGUGCCCCAAGCCUGUAAGGGAAAAAAAAAAUUUAUUCCACGAGUUCAUAAGUAAUAAGUAAACGUCGUGUGUGAGGUGUGCACUGAGAGUGUAAUAUAUGGUGGCAGAGAUGGUGACAGAACUUCUUGUUUUUUUUGUCUGUGAUAGAGCUGAGGAGAGCUUGUCUGUUUACGUCGUCAAGCUUCCCACAAGUGCGCCUGCUUGCGUCAAUGCUGUGCCUACAAAUGAUGCUGAGGGCUUUCUUUGUCCUGGCUUUGUGUCCUCUUGAAUAUUCUCCGAAUUUGACUCUGAUUGUCAUGAUUGUCUUGUGUCGAAUUCUGUGAUAAUGUAGUACUCCAUGGUACUUUUUUGUGGCACUUGGUACACUCACAGUUAAGAGCAAAAUGCCAUGAGAUUAAGAUGCUGACUGAAGAGGAGACUGACACUUUAAUCUUCAGAUUUUGGCAUGUUAAUCAUAAUUGCAAAUUUUUUUUAGUAAUUAGCCCAGCAUUCAGAUAUACAUGACUGCUUUUUCAGCAGACUGCUAGAGAAACUGUUUGCAAGUGGGAGUAAACUGAGGAAUGUAAAUAGUUGUUUCCCUUUUACAUUAGUCUGUUGGAAGCAGAGUGCUUGGUGUUGUUUGAACGAGCAGAAUGUGUGUGCUGAACACCACUUUGCAUAUCAAACUUACUGCAUUACUAAAUUACUGGCAUGUCAUUAGAUUUUGACUUCAGUGCCUGUUAGAUUAACAAGCUAAGGAAAUAUAUACAGUACGGGCCAAUUUUAGAGUAGAUGCUUUAUUAGCGUUCAAGGGCUGAUGACAGCUUAUAUACGAUACAAAGGCCUGCUGAUUGGAAGUCAAUAACUACCAAGGCCAUGGUAGAGUAUGCUUUUUAAAGUUCAGUAAAAAACAGAAGAAAGAAAGAAGGCAGGUAGGAAGAAAAUUUAACUUGAAUACCGUAUAACUGCUCCUGUUGAGUAGUAAAACUUCGUAAACACUCGUGUCAUACUAGUUUUGAAAACUUAUCACGGAGGUGGGUACUCGGAGGACACAAACAAAAGUCAAGCGUAGUACAUUUACCCUUACUUUCUCUAUGCAGUGCAUAUGUAUUUUGUGUCUGUACUUGUUGGAAGCUCGACGGCCAGUAGGAUUUCAUUCCACAAGCUGCUCUCGAAAAUGGAGGCUUGCUGUAAUAAGCCUUUACCCACUUCUCGCUCUCUCUCUGUGUUUGCUUUAUUCUUGCCAGUUUUUUUGGUGUCGAGUUUCCAUGUUGCCUGCAAAAUUGUGUUUCUGACUGAAGGUGUGUCCGUUUGUUGAUGUACAUAUUAUAAAUAUAUACAUAAAUACAUGCUGUUGAGAAAUCAAUGAAACAAUGCAAAA